GCGCAUGAAUAUGACGUAGUUGAAAGUUUACAUGUGCAGCGUGAGCGAAAAUGGUUGCUGGCAGAGAACAGCAACAGCAGCAGGCUCAUCGGCCUGGAAUUUACAAACAGAAGAACAAGCAGCACAAACAUGGAAAGCAUCGAACCAAAGGAGAGAUCGAGCGUGAGAACAAGGGCAGAGUUGCUGUGGUGGCUCUAUCCAAAAAGCAGAAGCGAGAGUUGAGGAAGAUGGACCGGAGACAUAAAGCCAACCAACUGCGCCGCAACAAAAAAGACACAGUGCUGACAGAGAAGCGUCGCUUGGGCAGUAGGGAUGGCCCUCCUCAUCUGGUGGCUGUCAUUUCUUUGCAUGCUGGUGUGGAUGCUGGAGCUGUGACGCAGAUACUGAGAGGAGAGGGGGUUGGUGGGGUGCUACAUGAAGACCAAGGUGUCAGAGGGGCUCAGGACAGUUUUGGCCUGGUUCUUCCUCGUUUUAAACAGAGAUUCACUUUCUACCGCUCAGACACAGCUGACGUGCAUUCACUCUUGGAUGUGGCUAAGGUGGCGGACACUCUGGUUUUUGUUCUGGAAUCCACUGAGGGCUGGGACAGUUAUGGAGAAUACUGCCUUUCUUGUCUCUUCGCACAGGGAUUGCCAAGUCAUGCAUUGGUGUGUCAGGGCAUAGCUGACUUGGCGGUGAAAAAGCGGACUGAAUCCCGGCGUGCACUGUCCCGCUUAGCUGAGGCUCGUUUCCCAGAGGCACGUCUCUUCCCUCUGGAUUCUGAGCAGGAUGCAGUGCUGCUUCUUCGGCACCUGGGGGCCCAGAAACAGCGGCGGCUUGCUUUCCGCUCCCGUCGCUCACACAUGCUGGUUCAGAACGCCUCUUACACCCCUAAUAACUCCCAGGAUGGCACAGGAGGUCCUGCCACAGGACUGGGGACCCUUCGUGUGUCAGGGUAUGUCCGAGGCUGCCCCCUGCAGGUGAACAGGCUGGUGCAUAUUGCAGGCCACGGGGAUUUUCAGCUUAGUCAGAUCGACGCCCCCACAGACCCUUUACCCAUUAUUACAGCUGCCCCUCGCCCUGUGAAGCCAGCCAAGGGUGGAGAUGUGGAGAUGAUGGAUGGGAGUGCUGCAGAAAUGAAUGGAGCUGGUGGGGAAGUGCGAGUGCUCAUGAAGGCUGACCCUUCUCAGAGAGAGAGCCUGCAGACAGAGGCUGAGGUUGAUCCCAUGGAGGGUGAACAAACGUGGCCCACUGAAUCUGAGCUCCAGGAGGCUGAAGAGGCCAGGAAGAACAGAAAGGUGGUGAAGGUGCCAAAGGGAACCUCAGACUACCAGGCCACAUGGAUCGUGGAUGAUGCUGAAGAGGAUGGAGACGAUGAAGAGGAGGAUGACAUGGACAGCUGUGAUGAUGAUGAUGAUGACGACGAUGCUGAUGAGUUAAUGGAAGAUGGUGAAAAUGAGUCUCAGGAUGGUGAAGCUGGCUGUGACUCUGGAAACGAUGAUGCUGAUGACGAUGAAGAGGAAGAGGAGAUAAGCUCGACAGACCGUGUUGGAGCUGAGCAGAAAUAUGAUGAAGCGAUGGACAAGGCGGAAGAGGAAGACGGGCUCAAGUGUUAUCGAGAAGCUCGUUCUCACGAAAUGUUCCCUGAUGAAGUGGACACCCCCAUCGAUGUGCCUUCUAGAACAAGAUUCCAGCGCUACAGAGGUCUGAAAAGUUUCCGCUCGUCUCCGUGGGACCCCAUGGAGAACCUGCCUCUCAACUACUCCCGCAUCUUUCAGUUUCAGAACUUUGAGCGCACCCGCCGCCGUGUCCUGGCUGAGGCUGCAGCUGAGGAGGAGGGAGCUAUGGUUGGCUGGUAUGUGACUCUACACAUUGAGGACGUGCCUUCCUCAGUGAUGGAGAGCUUUCAGGCAGGCAAACCUCUGGUACUGGUCUCUCUGCUUCCACAUGAACAGAAGAUGUCAGUGAUGCAUGUGCUGGUGCGGCGGCACCCAAGUUGCACAGAGCCUACAGCAUCUAAGGAGGAGCUGAUAUUCCAGUGUGGCUUUAGACGCUUUCGAGCCUCUGCCCUCUUCUCCCAGCACACCUCUGGCGACAAGCACAAGAUGGAGCGUUUCCUGCGUGUCGAUGCUCCUACGGUUGUCUCUGUGUAUGCCCCCAUCACCUUUCCCACCACUGGGGUCCUGCUCUUCAAACAGAGGGCCAAUGGAAUGCAGGACCUGGUGGCCACGGGCAGCUUGCUGAGCUGUGACCCCCGGCGUGUGGUGCUGAAGCGGAUCGUCCUGAGUGGACACCCCUUUAAGAUCAACCGGCGUUCUGCUGUUGUCCGUUACAUGUUCUUUAACAGAGAUGAUAUCUUGUGGUUCAAGCCAGUGGAGUUGCGCACCAAGUGGGGCCGAAGAGGACACAUCAAGGAGGCCUUGGGUACUCAUGGGCACAUGAAAUGUGUAUUUGACAGUCAGUUGCGCUCCCAAGACACAGUUCUCAUGAACCUGUACAAGAGAGUGUAUCCUCGUUGGACAUAUGACCCCUAUGUGCCUCCAGCUCUACCCUGGGUCAAGAAAGAGGAGCCAGAGAACCUCCAUGACAUUGACAUGGAAUAGAAGCAGGAGAGAUAAUUAUGGACUGACAGGUGCAGUGGACAUGAUGUCCAGUGUGAUGGCUACUAGCACACUAUAUAUGGAUAUAAGAAGAAUAAAUGAUUUGAUGAAAUA